AACAAUAAGGGGGAAACAAGUGUUAUUGUUUUUCUGGGGUUGGAAAUUACUGAGCUAAGAGUAGUGGAAUGUGCACCCAAUUUGUAAAGUUUUGAUUUUGAAGAGGAAGUUUGUAGUGAUUUUCUGGAGAUCCGGGACUUGUUUAAUCUCUUAUGCCCCAUGAGGACUUUAUUCCCUGCUGAAUCCUGUAAAGAAGCACACCCAAAUGCUUUGAAUCCACAGUCUUCACUCAAAAUUGAAAGAGGGAAACUUUCCAAAUUGUCAUCAUACUCAUCUUCUGCCUCAAUAGAAUCUCUAGUCAAGGUCCCACAACCACCUAUACUCCCCUUGUUUAAACCUAUUGAUUAUGUGGAAGUUUUAGCUCAAAUCCAUGAAGAACUUGAGUCUCGUCCUCCUCAAGAGAGAUCGAAUCUGUUUUUGUUACAAUACCAGGUCUUUAGGGGCCUUGGGGAAGUUAAACUUAUGCGUAGAAGCCUCCAGGAAGCUUGGCAGAGAGCCAACACUGUUCAUGAAAAGAUUAUAUUUGGGGCAUGGUUGAAGUAUGAGAAGCAAGGGGAAGAGCUAAUAGCCGAUUUGCUAACAACUUGUGGUAAAUGUGCAAAUGAGUUUGGGCCCAUAGAUGUAGCGUCUCAACUUCCAUUUGAUGUAAAUGUAAGUUCCCAGAAGAGAGUGACCAACGAGAGUCACAUUUCACAAAAUGUUACUUUUACAAUUGGAAAUGAAAAAGUGAUUUGUGAUAGACAAAAAAUUUCUGAACUUUCGGCACCAUUUCAUGCAAUGCUAAAGGGGUAUUUCAGUGAAUCGCUCUCUGAGACUAUAGAUUUAUCUGAAAACAAUAUCUCUCCAUCAGGUAUGAAGGCAAUAAGUUAUUUCAGUUUGACUGGCUGUUUAAUUGAGGUCCCUCCAAAUCUUUUGUUGGAGGUAUUAGUUUUUGCAAACAAGUUUUGUUGUGAUAGACUUAAAGAUGCUUGUGAUAGAAGACUUGCAUCUUUAGUUUCCUCUAAAGAAGAUGCUGUGGAGCUCAUGGAAUAUGCUCUUAAUGAAAAUUCAGCUGUCCUUGCUGCAUCUUGUUUACAGGUCCUUAUAUGUGAUCUUCCAAACUGUUUGAAUGACAAUCGGGUGGUGGAGAUAUUUAUUCAUGCAAAUAGGCAGCAGCUAGCAUUCAUGGUUGGGCCGGGUUUAUUUGCACUUUUCUGUUUCUUAAGUGAAGUUUCCAUGAACCUUAAUUCUAGUUCCGACACAACAACUCAUUUCCUGGAACGGUUAGUGGAUUUUGCUGAAAAUGACAAGAUGAGACUUCUGGCUUUUCAUAAAUUGGGAUGUGUAAGACUCUUAAGAAAAGAAUACGAUGAAGCACGUUGUCUUUUUGAUGGGGCUGUAAAUGCAGGCCAUAUUUAUUCCAUUGCAGGUUUAGCUAGACUGGACUUUAUAAAGGGCGAGAAGCUUUCAUCUUACGAGAAGCUCAACUCUAUUAUUUCCUCUGUUACUCCACUUGGAUGGAUGUAUCAGGAAAGAUCUCUAUAUUGUGAUGGUAAUGUAAGGUGGGUGGACCUUGAGAAAGCAAGUGAGCUGGACCCUACUCUUAUAUACCCUUACAUGUAUAGGGCAGCCUCUUUAAUGAGGACACAGAAUGCUCAAGCUGCACUGGCUGAAAUCAAUCGGAUUCUUGGGUUCAAACUUUCAUUAGAAUGCUUGGAAAUACGUUUUUUUAUCUAUCUGGCUCUUGAGGACUACAAAGCAGCUCUCUGUGAUGUGCAAACAAUUCUUACUCUGCGUUCAGAUUAUAGAAUGUUUGAGGGGCGUGUAGCUGCAUCCCAACUCUGUACUCUUGUGCGUGAGCAUGUUGAACAUUGGACAACAGCAGAUUGUUGGGCACGGUUAUAUGACUGUUGGUCUGCAGUUGAUGAUAUUGGGUCUCUAUCUGUUAUCUACCAGAUGCUUGAAUCUGAUGCUACAAAAAGUGUUCUAUACUUCAGACAGUCAUUGCUUCUGUUGAGGCUUGGCUGUCCCGAGGCAGCUAUGCGGAGUUUACAGUUAGCUCGACAACAUGCAUCAAGUGACCAUGAACGACUCGUAUAUGAGGGGUGGAUCUUGUAUGAUACAGGUCAUUACGAGGAAGGUCUCAGGAAGGCUGAAGAGUCUAUUAGUAUAAAAAGGUCUUUUGAGGCCUUCUUCCUAAAGGCCUAUGCAUUGGCUGACUCUAGUCUAGAUUCAUCAUAUUCUUCAACUGUUAUUUCACUUCUGGAAGAUGCCUUGAGGUGUCCUUCAGAUAAUCUGCGCAAAGGUCAGGCACUGAACAAUCUUGGUAGUGUUUAUGUUGACUGUGGAAAAUUGGACUCUGCUGCCGAUUGUUAUAUCAAUGCACUGAAAAUCCGACACACCCGAGCCCAUCAGGGUCUUGCUCGUGUUCAUUGUCUCAAAAAUGAUAAGACAGCUGCUUACAUGGAAAUGACUGAACUUAUUGAGAAGGCAAAAAACAAUGCAUCUGCCUAUGAGAAGAGGUCUGAGUACUGUGAUCGUGAACUCGCAAAGGCAGAUCUGGAGAUGGUGACUAGAUUAGAUCCACUUCGAGUGUAUCCUUAUAGAUAUCGUGCUGCUGUAUUGAUGGACAAUCAUAAGGAAGAGGAAGCCAUUGCGGAACUCUCCAGAGCUAUUGCAUUUAAAUCUGAUCUGCACCUCUUACAUCUACGUGCAGCAUUCCAUGAACAUAAAGGUGAUGUCUUAGGUGCUCUAAGAGACUGUCGCGCUGCACUCUCGGUGGACCCAAACCACCAAGAAAUGUUGGAACUUCACACUCGAGUUAACAGUCAUGAGCCAUGAGUCACCAACAUAUAUGACUUUUCCCAGAUGGAAUUGCACAUUGAAAACUUGUAACCUUGGCUGCAUUCAGCUGAGUCAUGAAAAUCAAAUUUGUAAAAUGGAAAGUAUAGUUAAAUCAUAUUCCUGUCUAUAGUAAUGUAAAUGUGAAUUGUUACCAUUUCCCCCCGAGGGUGUGGUCCCAAUUUUGGAAUUGAUCUUGAUUUUUUUGGGGUAUAUUAUUUGUGUCAGAUAUGUUGUUU